AGAACAUCUCCGCUGUCAGCGUACAAAAGACGUUACUAUACCUCGAAAAACAUUGCUUCAUAUAAAUAGCACCCAUGCGGCCGCCAUCCAGAGCAGUGUUAUUGCCAAGGUUCGGCCCUGGGACCAGAGCAACUACCCCAACACGGGUGUCGUUCGCUCGCUGGAACCAUGUGGAGGCCACGCAGCGGAUUCGCGGCGAUUCUCACGGUCGCAACUCCGCCCAAUGGGCUCUCACGGGCCUGGUCACUGGGAUUGGAGGGUACGCACUGGUUUCACGUUGGCAAUCGUCUCCGCCCGAGGCCGCAACGCCUGCUGUUGCAAGGGAUGACAGGUAUGCGGAUAAGACUGCUAUGAUAAAGGGAAUCAAGAUAAUCGAAGAAACUCUGGGAAAGGACAUCAUCUCUUGGGAUGAAGAGGAGAUCACGGCCCACGGGUACUCCGAAUUGUCGACGUCGAAUUGCCAGGCACGGCCGGUGGCUGUGGCUCGGCCGAAAAGUACAGACGAGGUGUCAUUUAUCGCGAAAGUCUGCUCUGCCUACAAGAUUCCUAUGAUUCCAUUUGCUGGAGGCUCAAGUGUCGAGGGGCAUUUUGUUGCACCAUAUUCCGGGUUGAGUAUCGACUUUUCAGACAUGAAACAAGUUAUCGCGUUCCACCCAGAGGACAUGGAUAUUGUAGUUCAGCCGGGGGUUAAUUGGGUUGAUCUUAACAACGCGAUCAAAGAUAGUGGCCUCUUCUUACCACUUGAUCCUAGUCCCACAGCUUUGAUUGGGGGCAUGGUCGCAACCAAUUGCAGCGGAACAAACGCAGUGAGGUAUGGUACCAUGAAGGACUGGGUCGUCAACCUCACUGUGGUUCUGGCAGACGGGACUGUUAUCAAGACGAGGCACCGGCCACGGAAAACAUCAGCUGGAUAUAACCUGACAUCCUUGUUCACCGGUAGUGAAGGGACGCUUGGGAUGAUCACAGAAAUCACCCUAAAACUAGCAACCAUACCAGAGAAUCAGAGUGUAGCGGUGGCUACAUUCCCCUCAAUCCGAGAGGCUGCAGCUACAGCUUCCAAGAUCAUGCGCACGGGAAUACAAAUUGCUGCCUUGGAGAUGAUGGACGAGACUCAGAUGAAGGUGAUCAAUAAGAACGGAGGUGCGGGUGGUAGGUUCUGGACCGAAAAGCCGACAUUACUUUUCAAAUUUUCAGGAACCUUGAGAGGCAUCGAUGAAGAUGUUGAACGGGUUCGAGCAAUCAGCUCGCAGAACGGAGGCGAGGAUUUCGAAUUUGCAAAAAGUGAAGAGGAAAUGCACAGCCUUUGGGCAGCUAGGAAAGAGUCGCUGUGGGCGAUGCUAGCGCAGCGACCGGAGGGUACCCAGAUCUGGUCUACAGAUGUUGCCGUGCCAUUAUCGAGAAUGGCUGAGAUCAUUGACCUUUCUAAGAAGGAGUCCGGCACGUUAGGACUUUUCUCAAGCGUGCUAGGCCACGUCGGGGACGGUAAUUUCCAUCAAGCUGUCAUGUAUAACCCCGACGACCCGAGCCAAAAGCAAUCUGUUCGGGAUUGCGUCUUAGCAAUGGUACAUAGGGCCGUGGAAAUGGAAGGAACUGUUUCGGGUGAGCAUGGUAUUGGUCUCGGGAAGAAAGAGUGUUUGCUGGAAGAGCUAGGACCUGAGACUGUUGGGGUUAUGCGCACAUUGAAACACAGUUUGGAUCCUCAGUGUCUACUCAAUCCAGGCAAGAUUUUCGACUAACGGGAUAAAAGCCGAAGAGUGUCUGGAUUGGACUGACUAUGGGAACGGCAUAUAACAAUUAUAUCGUUUUGUAAAUACUUACGGGUGUUGAAGGUUCUGUUUUCACGCUCACCAUUCCUGCAGAAGAAUGGUACAAAGGUGGAACAUCGCUUGAAGAAAACCAAGAGGAAGAUUACCGACAAAGACACCUUCCGUCGCGGAUUGAUACGUGAUAUGGAUAGGUAUAUAAAGACUUUCAGCUG